AUGAAGUGUAGUUUGAAAUGGAGCAGUAAUUACAGCCGGAAUAUUACCUGUACUAACUGCAGUCGUUUGACUAACUGUAGUCGGGCGACCAGCAUUAGUCGUUCCACUAGCAGUAGUUGUUCCACCAGCAGUAGUCGCUCCACCAGCAGUAGUCGCUCCACCAGCAGAAGUCGUUCCACCAGCAGAAGUCGUUCCACUAGCAGAGGUCGGUCCACUAGCAGUAGUCGCUCCACCAGCAGAAGUCGUUCCACCAGCAGAAGUCGGUCCACUAGCAGAAGUCGUUCCACCAGCAGAAGUCGGUCCACCAGCAGCAGUCGUUCCACCAGCAGAAGUCGGUCCACUAGCAGUAGUCGGUCCACUAGCAGUAGUCACUCCACCAGCAGAAGUCGGUCCACCAGCAGAAGUCGUUUCACCAGCAGAAGUCGGUCCACUAGCAGUAGUCGGUCCACUAGCAGUAGUCGGUCCGUUAGCAGUAGUCGCUCCACCAGCAGAAGUCGUUCCACCAGCAGAAGUCGUUCCACGAGCAGAAGUCGGUCCACUAGCAGUAGUCGGUCCACUAGCAGUAGUCGCUCCACCAGCAGAAGUCGUUCCACCAGCAGAAGUCGGUCCACUAGCAGUAGUCGGUCCACUAGCAGUAGUCGUUCCACCAGCAGUAGUCGCUCCACCAGCAGAAGUCGGUCCACCAGCAGUAGUCGUUCCGCUAGCAGAGGUCGGUCCACUAGCAGU